GAUCCGGGCGCUGCGUUGGCUGAGGCCUGGCACCAAGGGGGCGGCCCCGGCGGAGUGCUGACCUAGUGGCCCACGGCGAUUAUGGACUCAGCUGAGGCGGUGCUGCAGGAAAAAGCCCUCAAGUUUAUGGUUCAGUUACCCACCGUUAACUGCAGUUUGGAAGGAGGCGAUCCUCCUGAUCUGUAGGCUGAAGGUCACUUGUAUAGCCUCAUGCUGUGUCACAAUGCCUAUGUAACUCACCUCACAUCUUCUCAUCACAUAAGCAUUUUAUCAUCUCACAUCAUAAGAAGAAAAAGGUGCUCUAUGCCCAGGUCUCUGUGGCUGGGCUGCUCCAGCCUGGCGGACAGCAUGCCUUCGCUGCGAUGCCUGUAUAACCCAGGGACUGGCGCACUCACAUCUUUCCAGAAUUCCUCAGAGAGAGAAGACUGUAAUAAUGGCGAACCCCCUAGGAAGAUAAUACCAGAGAAGAAUUCACUUAGACAGACUUACAACAGCUGUGCCAGACUCUGCUUAAAUCAGGAAACAGUAUGUCUAUCAAGCACUGCUAUGAAGACUGAAAAUUGUGUGGCCAAAACAAAACUUGCCAAUGGCCCUUCCAGUAUGAUUGUGCCCAAGCAACGGAAACUCUCAGCAAGCUAUGAGAAGGAAAAGGAACUGUGUGUCAAAUAUUUUGAGCAGUGGUCAGAGUCCGAUCAAGUGGAAUUUGUGGAACAUCUUAUAUCCCAAAUGUGUCAUUACCAACAUGGGCACAUAAACUCAUAUCUUAAACCUAUGUUGCAGAGGGAUUUCAUAACUGCUUUGCCAGCUCGGGGUUUAGAUCACAUUGCUGAGAACAUUCUGUCAUACCUGGAUGCCAAGUCACUAUGUGCUGCUGAACUUGUGUGCAAGGAAUGGUACCGAGUGACAUCUGAUGGCAUGUUAUGGAAGAAGCUCAUCGAGAGAAUGGUCAGGACAGAUUCUCUAUGGAGAGGCCUGGCAGAACGAAGAGGGUGGGGACAGUAUUUAUUCAAAAACAAACCUCCUGAUGGGAAUGCUCCUCCCAACUCUUUUUAUAGAGCACUUUAUCCUAAAAUUAUACAAGACAUUGAGACAAUAGAAUCUAAUUGGAGAUGUGGAAGACAUAGUUUACAGAGAAUCCACUGCCGAAGUGAAACAAGCAAAGGAGUUUACUGUUUACAGUAUGAUGAUCAGAAGAUAGUAAGCGGCCUUCGAGACAACACAAUCAAGAUCUGGGAUAAAAGCACAUUGGAAUGCAAGCGAAUUCUCACAGGUCACACGGGUUCUGUCCUGUGUCUCCAGUAUGACGAGAGAGUGAUCAUCACUGGAUCAUCAGAUUCCACAGUCAGGGUGUGGGAUGUAAAUACAGGUGAAAUGCUAAAUACAUUGAUUCACCAUUGUGAAGCAGUUUUGCACUUGCGUUUCAAUAAUGGCAUGAUGGUGACCUGCUCCAAAGACCGUUCCAUUGCUGUAUGGGAUAUGGCCUCCCCAACUGACAUCACUCUCCGGAGGGUGCUAGUCGGACACCGAGCUGCUGUCAAUGUUGUAGACUUUGAUGACAAGUACAUUGUCUCUGCAUCAGGAGAUCGGACUAUAAAGGUAUGGAACACAAGUACUUGUGAAUUUGUAAGGACCUUAAAUGGACACAAACGCGGCAUCGCCUGUUUGCAGUACAGAGACAGGCUGGUCGUGAGUGGCUCCUCUGACAACACUAUCAGAUUAUGGGACAUAGAAUGCGGUGCAUGUUUACGAGUUUUAGAAGGCCAUGAGGAAUUGGUGCGCUGUAUUCGAUUUGAUAACAAGAGGAUAGUCAGUGGGGCCUAUGAUGGAAAAAUUAAAGUGUGGGAUCUUGUAGCUGCUUUGGACCCCCGUGCUCCUGCAGGUACUCUCUGCCUACGGACCCUUGUGGAGCAUUCUGGAAGAGUUUUCCGACUCCAGUUUGAUGAAUUCCAGAUUGUCAGUAGUUCACAUGAUGACACAAUCCUCAUCUGGGACUUCCUAAAUGAUCCAGCUACGCAAGCUGAACCCCCCCACUCCCCUUCUCGAACAUACACCUAUAUCUCCAGAUAAAUAAUCAUAUACUGACCUCAUACUUGCCCAGGACUCACUAAAGUUGCGGUGUUUAACGUAUCUGCCGAUACCAGGAUGAGCAAGAGCAGUAACAAACUACUACCCACUUUUCCCCGGACCAGCCAAGGAGCGGGGCUGAGACUCCUUUGGGGACACAGUUGGUCUGCAGUUGACCCAGGAUGGUCUACUCAGCACAGCUGACUGCUUCCGUGCUGCUAUCAGAAGAUGUCUUAUCUUUCAAGAAUGAUUGAAACUUUUAAACCUUACCUCACCUCCCUCCUUUCCUCUCUGCACCUGCACCUGUUUUUCCUAUUUGGUUCCAGACAGAGAUGACUUAUAAAUAUAUUUAGUGUUUUGCCAGAAUCUCUCUUACUUUACCAUUAAGCAGAACUAGUUGCCUGUAGACUGCUGGGAGAGACCUACUUCUAGGGCACAGAGGGAUACAGCUUCAAGCCAGACAGCACCCAGUGUCUGUCUCCCUGUGAACCACAGGAAUGCCCAGCACCUGGCAAGAUCAGCCCAGCCCCACCAUGCUUAGGAGGAGACAUCUGUCUGUAGCCUCUGGGACAAAAAAGAGAAAAACGAGAAUGCACACACUGGAAGAUCUGGGCCUCUUUCCUUCCAUCUCUUUCUCUGUUUCUGUCUCUUGUCCCCUACUCCGACUCCGCUUCAUCCUGUUUCUCUGUUCCACCUGAGAAGAAAGAGUAUGAAGAGAGUGUCCUCAGGUAGCCUGAGGCAUAUCCGCUAGAAAAUGCUAUGCUUGGAAGAAUUAAAUGCUGUUCAGUCAAAAUUUCAAACCCAGGCUUUUGCAGCAGCUCACCUUAUGUGGCAGCAGGCAGCAAUGGAUCCUCAGACAUGGUACUCACAUAUUUGCAACUCUUCUCUCUCAUACUUCCAACACCCCUCUCCCCACCCCCAGCACAAAAAAAGCAGGGAGACAGAAAUUUCCUGGGCUCCAUCAAUGGCCGAAUCUUUUCGGGACUCAGCAGUCUCCUCGAUUCCAUGUAGAGUGUGGAAAGGAGUUGCUGAUUGCAUUUCCUCUCAUUAACAAUUAGAUGUGUAAUAAAAAGCAUUGUACUUCAUCUUAAAUCACUGUAAAGCUCAGCCUACAGACAGGUUUGAAGUGGCCAAAGCCAGUCACGAGGUGCAUUCUGUGUGGUGUUUCAUAUCUCUAAUAUCCACAUCAGGGUCUGUGUGUGCCCAGAUGCCUGUAUCUGCCAAGACCAUGAUCAGAGUAGCUUUACAAGGUGGUCAGGAGUAAGAUGUGAUUUUUUUUCUCAUUAGGCCAGUAAAUAGUAUCUCUCAAAAAUCAAGCUAAUCAUUUCAGCCUAUCCCUGGAGAAUCUUCCUUCUGGCUUCUCCCAAACUCAGUAUUUACGAAAGGGCAAACCUGACAGAGAGGAUCAGGAUGAAGUUUGGUACACAGGGUUUACUAAUGGGGCAGAAACUACCUUCUCUUUCCUUUUCUUCCUUCCAGUCUCCAGUCUCCCCAACUAAUAAAAUUUAUCUGGCAUUUGGUGAGCAACUUAAACAAAUGGACCUCAGCAAGAGCCAAGCUCGCCCAGGCACUUGAAAGGCUGCUGUGUGGGCAUCAGGUGCGGGGCAUGUGUGCCACCCCAGCCUGGGAACCCAGGAAGCACUACCUGCAUGUGCCCAGCUUGUUUCCCAGCACAGAAGUGGACCUGCACCAGCCAUCUCCUCGGCACAGACAUACCCACCAACGGCCCUGAGGCCACGGUUCAGUCUCAAGUUUCCCCUCUGAAGCUGAGCAGUCAGGCCCAUUGAUUUCCCUUCCUAACCAAAGCAGUUGAGUAAAAGAAAGUCCCCUUUUAACUAACUGCUGUACAAAUAUCAAAAUGGAAGCCAGUUGCAGGUGACCUCAAAGCUAGGCCAUCUUUAGUUCAGCAGAGUAGGAGGAGAGAAAGCCGUCUAUACUCUCCCCAAAAUGGGCCCAGACUGCAGGUCGUUACUGUGUAUUGAGAGGCAGGUUAUGCAUAUGUAUUUUUCCUUUCCAGCUUUAUAGUGCUUUUAAGCUCUUAGUUCCAGGUCAUAUUCAGAAAAUACUUUCCCAGUGUGAUAUGUCAUUGCCUGGGAAAUAUUUUCUGAAUGUAAUUCCCUUCCCAUCUACCAAAUGCUACAAAGAAAUGUUUCCUAUUUAGCCAUUACCAGGGUUCCCUGUCUAUUGUGUUGACUAUUUCUGGCUUUUUGAAGGGUUAAAGAUUUUGCUACAGAUGAGGUAAAGGGCCAUCAACCCAGAGCCAUCAACCCAGAAAAACACACGGGUCAGGCAUUAGAGGCAUGGGCCUCAAGCUGUUUCAAAAUAUUGUCCAGUAGCCAUAACUUUACUAGCCCUUCUGUUAUAUGCUGCUAUUUAAAAGUGGGAGGUAUGGAAUAUUCAUUGGUACCCAGGGUUUUGCUUUCCCAUCUAAGUUCAGUUGAAGGUAGAUUGUUUCUAAGACCCUUUUGAACCUUGUCCUAUACAUCAUAAAUGAGAUCUAGGGUGGACCCUGCAGACUGGGGCCAUUAGCUCCAUGGAGAAUAUACUCCCAAGUUGCCCUCUGCUGCUGAUGGAAAUGGGAAUCAAGUUAAGUGGUCUGAAAAACUUGAGUCAGUCACAUUUCUCAGCUCUGGGGGUCAUUUACCACUUCAUUGUAGAAGAAAUAAUCAGGUAAGUGGAAGUUCAUUUCCAGAGACGGUAAACCCUACUUACCAUCUCUGCAUGAUUUCAGUGGGAAUUGAUUAUCACUAAUCCCCAACUGAGCUAGAAUAAAUGUAAAGUUUGACCUUUUUAAAAAGAAAAGAGAAACAAAAAGUCUCAACAUUUAAAGGAAUGAUAGGAAAGGAGCUGAAGGAGACUCUUGGCUCUGAAAUGACAUGUCUCCAUUGUAGAUUUCUUCUCACUAAAUUCCAGAAAGAAACAUUUCUAAAAGAUGAGAGGAAGCCCCUUCGAAGGUGGGCACGCUAGGAGUGUGUGUAUGCAUCUGCUCCUGGGAGCUCUGUGGGCACCUGGGAGCUCUCUGUUCACACUGGGGUGCUGGGACAAAACCAGCCUGUGGUGCUGCACGUGUGUAUUUCCACUGCUGAGAACGUCCUUUUACAGUUGUCCCUUGGCAAAAUCUUUCUGUUGUCUCUUCACCAGAAACUUCAGAGACAGGGACUCUCUGGAACUCUUAUUGACAAGUAAUAAAGUCUGGCCCUCAUAACUUAUUUCUGUACUGGAAAAGACUCUGAGACCCCUAAAUCACUGUUUUAUGCUUGAGUAAGAAAAAUCCUUUUUCUUUUGUAAAAUCAAAAGCUGAAGAGAAUAUGCACUCUUCUCCCUUGCCAUCUCCUGAUACCCAUUGGUCUGAACAGCUGUGAUUGGCCUACUCCUUAAUUGAUUGUAUGUGGAAACAAAGGGCUUGGGUGGAGCAGGGUAGGGAAUACUGGAAAUAAUUAGGGUGGUUUUUUCUUUAAAAGUAGAUUAGAUACCUUAGUAUUUUUUUUUUGCCUUCUUGGCAUCUUUAAUUUACCUUAGAUGACAAUACCUUCCUGUCUGAAGUGGGAGCAGUCUAACCCAGAAUACUGCAGGCCUGAGUCUAGGCUGCAAGUUUGAUUCUGGAUGAAACCAGGGAACUUGGAUGUGAAAAAAGGGGUGCUUAAGAUAGAUAACCACCACCUAUUACAUUAUCCUUUUUGAUUAUCACAUUUCCCAUACGACUUUAAUCCAUAUACCUGACUUCCUUCCCCAUUUGGGUGAGUUCAGACUUUUUCCAAGAGCUGGAGAACAUGAAAAGGUGCCCUCGCUGCUGCUUGCCUGCCUGCCUUCCCUUCCUCCCUCCCCUCGUAGAAUAACUCUCUAUUCAAACAAGUGCACCCAAGUCUGCAGGCUGUGUUUAUCUCCCUGCACUUCAUCUACACAGCUGAUGAGUUGACAGACCAGAGCCCCUUACUUUAUCCACCAUUUCAAUAUAAGCAGUGCCAGAAAGACAGCCAUCUCUUAGGGGAAUAAAGCUGAGUUUUGCUUGUUAUUUUUACCUGUAGUAUUUGUGACUUCAGAAUCCAUGGAACUGAGGAGAGAAACCAAAGGAGAGUGAUUAUGGAUGGCCUGAUUUCCAUGCAACUUAAUGCAUUGAUACCAGAAACCUCUUCUGCUGUAAGUUGAGUUACCUAUGAUCUAAAAUUCCCUGGAGGCAGAGGACAUCUAAAACAUAUCCAGUCAUCACAGUUCCUGGUUGGCUGUGGGUUUAAGGAUCAGUGCAGUAAGUAGCAUUUAUAGAGCAUUGCCUCCCCUCAUCCCUUUCCCUUCUUGGACGCUGAAGGAAAAGACCAACAAGGAGGGUUAGAUCUCUGGGUACCAAGGAAACUUAACACCUUCCCGAAUCAGUGAUCACUCAAGCCCAGUAUAGACAGUUCUGAGGGCUGUUUGCUGGACUCCAGCUAUGAAGUAGGCCUGGCAACAGAUGUGAAAGCUUCCCUGAGAAGUUUUGGUUGGCCCAGCCUGUUGUCCUCUAGACUCCUGAGUACUGACUGCUUUGAUUUCUGUGGUUAUGUUAUCGUGAUGUGUAGUCAAGGUACCAAUAUGUUCACAAUCUAGGAUCAUGGUAAUACAGUAUGUUUUGUUUUUUUAACUGUUCCGAAAAAAGUAAAUUACAAAUAUAAGAUAAAAGAGA